UGCUAGAGCAUUUACCAUUUUCCGACUGACAAAGGAUGGCUUCACUCCGCUCUCCCCCUCGCUUGGACCUUGCGCUCGUUUCAGAACUCGGGCUGCAGACUUUCCGCAUACACUUUGGCAUCUGUGUAACCAGCAUUGCGGCCGCUUGCGUGGUUUAGGCAGACUGCAGUUGUUGCCGAAGCACUCGAACGAUCCGAAGCGAUGGAGGGGACUCCAUUCGAUCUCAGUCGGUAGUUUCUGAGACAGAAAGUAGGGUUGGCGGGAGGCGAUGGAAGCGAUUCAAGUAAUCUUGCGUCGUUCGGCCAUCUAGUGGGGCAUUUUCCUGGGAUCUCGCGGUAGCGGAAAUUCCAGCAAACAUGGAUGUGGUUUAUGUCCAAAUCACGCUCGAAUGGGGCAAGGAAAUCAAAGCAACCACUCUCCUGGAUUCUGGUACAAGUGUGUAUGCAAAAAUGGAGUAUCUAGAUCUUACAUAUACGACCGAGAAGGUGACAGAUAUGGGGGGAAAUCCUGUUUGGAAAGAAACAAAUAAGUUCGAUUUCGUCUUCAAGCCUCAAGAAAAGGACUUCAUCACAUUAAAACUCUACAAUAAAAAUGACACGUGUAUCGGAUUAGCGAAAGUUUCCUAUGAGGAUAUAAUGAGGCUGGGGAAUGGCCCGACACCCCUGAAUGUUCCAGUCUUUGCUAAGAAGAUGUAUGAGAAGAAGUGCGGGGAAGUGGGCUUAAAAAUACAAAGAAAGCAGCAAGAAACUGCGGGAGAAUUGGGCUUAGUGAGGAUAAAGUUAGUUGGAGGACAUGUCGAGAAAAUGACCUCUUUUCUCGAAAAGACAGCUGAAGUCCAUGUGAAACUCUUAUACGAGCAUUUGCAAUAUAAAAGCGAAGUCUUGAAAAAAUCGGGAGGUAAGUUUGUGUGGAGCCAAGAUUCCAACAGAAAAGUCUACGCAUUUGCAAUAAACAACAAAGAGGCUAAGCUUACUCUCCAGGUUUACAACUAUGAGAAGUUGGUUGGAAAAUGCGAUAUAAAGGGGUCCGACAUAAUAGAGAGGUCUAUGAAGAAGGUGGACUUCCGCGUGAAUCACGACAAGUUCGUUCAGCUUGAACCAGAGGAUCUUAAGAACGACAAAGGAAAUGUGGGGACAAUUACUUUCGAAGUUAAUCUUAGACAUCCUCUCAUUGAUAGGAGACAGUCAUUUCCCCAAUUCCGUGAUCUUCCAGAUCCUUCCAUCAAGCUGCAUAAAUAUCAUUCUAUUAUCACCACACCUCCACCAGACUGGGUGCACGUCCAACCACAUUCGGAGGAUGUGCAGGUUCGCCAACAAGCAAAACAUCACCUACGACAGUUUUUCAGGCAUCCUUCGAUCCCAGAAGGAUCUGAUCAAGUUCCAGUUCUGGAGACGGAGCAACAUCGAGGGAAUACGGGGAAUACGCAGGUCGACCAUCAAGCAAACCAUCACCCACUACAGUUUCAAGGACGACAGUGGCCCUUCGAAAUUUGGCUUCCUCCUAAUUCAUCAAACAACAGAUUGCCGCCUAACUGUGGGAAGGCUCUAGAUCCAUCCGCACCACCUUUUCCAGUAUGUGAUCAACUUCCAGUUUCGGAACUGCAACAACAUUCGGAGGGUGUGCAGUUUCAUUUUCAAGACUGUAAUCACAUACCACAGGUACCGUUGCAUCCCCUGCUCCCAUUAGGGCCUUUGUUUCUCCCGGAAUCUCGGUUUCCUUCUAAUCCACCAACCAACAAAUUGCCGCAUAACCUUGGGAAGGCUCCAGCUCCAUUUUCAGCACCUUCUUCAGGAUCUGGUAAACUUCCAGCUCCGAAACAGCAGCCAGAUCAGGCCACACGAUCGUUGCAGUCCCCGAUUCCUUUUCCCCCUCAAUCUGCACCAUCCCAUCCAGGAUCUGAACAGUGUCCAGCUCCGGAACUGCCGCAACUUGAGAUUAAAAAGCAUUUCUUCGGAACCUACUUCUAGCGGGAACCCGCACCCUCGGAGCAAUCCGCUCAACGUUGGGCCACCCAAUGUAUCACAUGGAAGGACCUUUGAACAGGUGCUACUUGGAUUCAUACGAGGCAAAUAUUUUUUUUAACCGUCACUUCUAGAUUCUAGCCUUUGGAAGCUUCUUUGGGUAGGCUACGGAAGUGGGAAAUUGUCCCUUGUAUUUUAAUCUUCCGAAAAAAAAAAAAAAAAAAAAAAAAAAAAAACUUUGUAUAUACAAUUCGUUUAGACGUUAACUUUUGUUACACAUCACAGCUCUUUGCUGUGUGAGAUAAUUCUUAUCGUUUUUUAAUUUAGAAUCUUCGCCUAGCUGCCUUAGACCCCUCCAUGAAGUGCGCCAUUGCAGAAUGAAGCUCUUUGCUUGUGUCGGUCGAUGCAAGCACGGGUCGAAGCAACAAAGCGAAUCAUCGGCACCGACUCAGACUCUAUCCACGGCCCUCGGUCUGAAAUUCUCACCGCACAUCUCGGAGAAAGCGAUGCGGGUCCAUUCCCCAGGAGGGUCUGGAAAUUCGAAACCUGGGAUCCAUUUGGGGUUCAGAACUGUUUCAUAAUUGACCCACAAGUGUCAUUUAAAUCGGACAGCAAUUGAGCCAUUUGUUAGUUGGAUGAAUUACACUUCAUGUUAUGUUAAAGAAUUAUUUUCAAUAUUAACAAUAUCUACUUGAACAAAUUUAGAGAUAA